CCGCACAGUGAGCGCGCCCCCCGCUCCUCCUCCUCGCCCCCCAGCGCGCGGUGACCGAGCAGACAUGAAGCGGCAGAGCGAGCGCGGGGAGCCCAGCCCCGGCCGCGCCAAACGGGCCCGAGAGCGGCGGGAAGAAGCCGGAGGCGGCGCCCACCACAAGAGCUCGGGCAGGCGGGAGAGGCCCAACCAGGCCGCGGCCUCGUCCUCCUCCACCUCCUCAUCCUCCUCCCGGCGGCCCCGGGACCCCCCGCCCCGGCCUCUCCUGCUGCCCGCCCCGGCAGACAGCUCCGGCCUAGAGUACAAGACGCUGCUGAUCAGCAACCUGGGCUCGGCGCUGCCGGACCCGCUGCUGGAGGACUGGCUCUUCAGACACUUCCAGCGCUUCGGGGACAUCAGCGUCAAGCUGUCCCACACCCCGGAGCUCGGCCGCGUGGCCUACAUCAACUUCCGCCGCCCGGCGGACGCCCGACAGGCCAGGCAUGCCAAGCUGCGCCCCCUGCUGUACGACCGGCCCCUGCGGGUGGAACCGGUCUUCACCCAACAGCCUGCCCGCCGGCCGGAGCCCACCCCAUUGCCACUGACCACCCUGCCGGCCUACCCCCGCUCUACCUCUCCCAGACACCUCCUGCUGCCCCCAGCCCUCACCUCCACCGCAGCCUCGGGCGAUGGCUACUACCCGCUGUACGAGGAGAGGGCGCGGGGAGCCACGUAUGGCUUGGGCAGCACCAGCACAGCGGACGAUGAGCAACUGGCCCCGGAGGACGACCAUCGAGCCACCCGCAACCUCUUCAUCGGGAACCUUGACCACACCAUUUCAGAAGUGGACCUCAGGAGGGCGUUUGACAAAUACGGCCCCAUCGAAGAAGUGGUGAUCAAGCGGCCGGCGAGGAAUCAAGGGGCAGCCUAUGCCUUCCUUAAGUUUCAAAAUUUAGACAUGGCGCACAGAGCUAAGUUGGCGAUGAGCGGACGUCUGCUGGGACGCAAUGCCAUGAAGAUUGGUUAUGGGAAAGCCAAUCCUAGCACACGUCUCUGGGUGGGAGGGCUGGGGCCCAAUACUUCACUGGCAGCAUUGGCCAGAGAGUUUGACAGAUUUGGAAGCAUCAGGACAGUGGACUAUGUGAAAGGGGACAGCUUUGCCUACGUACAGUACGAAAGUUUGGAUGCUGCUCAGGCUGCUUGUACGCAAAUGAGGGGGUUUGCACUUGGGGAUCGCAGACUUCGUGUGGACUUUGCAAAAGUUACUUUGGAGGAGGCUGCGGCAGCUGCAUCCCGUUAUGCCCCUAUUCAGCCUACUCCAUACCCUUUGCCUCUUCCCUAUGAGCUGCUGCAGUCUGAAGCAUACAGCAGACAUCGGGCAGCUCUUGAACCAGACCUUAGGGUGAGGGAUAGAACCCCUCCACAUCUUCUUUAUUCUGACCGGGAGAGGCCCUUUGUGGAAGCUGGUUGGGUAAACUCAGAAAGACGGAGUGCUGGGCAGGGUGCACGUAGCAGGAGUGGAGAUCGUGGGGGAGGAAGUGGCAGUUCAAGGACUAGGGACGAGAAAAAGCGGAGGCGCAGUUUAUCUGGGGAAAGGGGUAGGAGCAGAGCUGAACGGAGCCCUGAUAGGCCCAGAAGAGAGCCCUCAGAGAGGGAUCCUGGUACCCCACCAUCCCCACAACACAAUCACCGUCCCCCACCACAAGACAAACCUAGGCCCCCUACCCCUGAGCCCCCACAGCCCCGAAGAAAUCACCAUCCUAGACCCCCAGAGCCUCCUGCAGAUAGACAGUCCCCAGUGAUAGAGAAGGGACGGACGCUGCCGCCUGUUUGGUGUGGACAUCUUGUACUGAAGAACAGCUGUUUCCCCACUUAUCUACACUUCUUGGAAGGUGACCGUGAUGUACCAAGUGCCCUGCUUAGAGAUCGUUCUACAAAUAGUGGGGGCAGCCUGGCACAACUCAAGAUUGCUCAAAGGCUCCGGCUAGAUCAACCCAAGCUUGAGGAGGUUACUCGACGUGUGAGACAGGGCACUACUGGAGGUUAUGCUGUACUGGUUGCUACACAGGCCCCACAGAACGAAGGGACUGUGCCUGGUGAACCUGGUUUACAGCGCCGUCUGCUCAGGAAUCUUGUCUCCUACCUGAAGCAGAAGCAGGCAGCUGGUGUCAUCGGUUUGCCUGUUGGAGGAAGCAACAAGGGCAGAGACUCCAGCGGCAUGCUAUACGCAUUCCCACCAUGUGACUUCCAUCAGUUGUACCAGCAGAGUGCCCAGCGCACUGUGGGCAAGCUAGAAGAAAACAUGAUUAUUGUGCUAGUAAAAGACAGCGCCUGAUCCAGGAGUUACUGUGCCCAAUGGUGCCCUCACAGACUGUCAUGUGCCCUCUCUGACCUCUCUCUGUUAUGGUUUGCAGGAAAUGAUGGGGACAGGGAAACCACAAAUAUACAUUAAAUUGUGA